CAUGACCCACUCCGAUCUCUGUAAUAAUUUAUUUUAGCCCAAGCAAAACUCGAUUCUGUUCGCCCUCGCCGGUUCUCCCCAUAUGCCGCCGGCGAGGAGCCCGGCCGCCGGCGUGCGGCGGCGCAAAGCCUUCGUCCCUCUCAUGCUGCUCCUCCCUCUGGUUCUUCUAAUCCUAUUCCUGAUCUUCCCACCCCGCUCCAUCCCCGCGGUCAGCAACGCAGCCCUUAGGCCCCAGCAGACCUGCGACCACGCCGCCGGCGGGUGGGUGCCCGACGCCUCCGCCGACUCCCAGAUAAGGUACGACCACACGUGCAAGGAGAUCUUCAAAGGUUGGAACUGCGUCGCCAACGGCAAGCGCAACGGCCGCGCCCUCCUCCGCUGGCGAUGGAAGCCCGCGGGGUGCGAGCUACUCCCCAGGCUGGAUCCGCACCAGUUCCUGGAGCGCCACAGGAACACCAACAUUGGAUUUGUGGGUGAUUCGUUGAAUAGGAACAUGUUUGCUUCAUUGGUCUGCAUGCUUAGAGGAGUGAGCGGAGAGAUUCGCAAGUGGCGUCCAGCAGGUGCAGACCGAGGCUUCACCUUCUUACACUAUAAUCUCACCCUCUCAUACCACAGAACUAAUCUUUUGGUACGCUAUGGUAGGUGGUCAGCUAGUCCAGACGGAGGUCCUCUAGAAUCUCUUGGAUACAAGCAAGGCUACAGGGUUGAUGUUGAUAUUCCAGAUCAAGCAUGGGCAGAUGCAACAAGCUUCCAUGAUGUUCUUAUUUUCAACACAGGGCAUUGGUGGUGGGCCCCUUCAAAGUUUGAUCCAAUACAAUCACCAAUGGUAUUCUUCGAGAAAGGGAUGCCGAUUAUACCUCCUUUAUUGCCACCUGAAGGAUUGGAUUUGGCUCUCAAACACAUGAUAGCAUUUGUGAACAAAGCAAUAAGACCCAACGGAAUUAAAUUCUUCCGCACUCAAUCUCCUAGACAUUUUGAAGGUGGUGACUGGAAUGAAGGUGGAUCUUGUCAACGUGACCAACCCUUGUCCUCAAAAGAGGUCAAAGAUUUUUUUUCCGUGGACAACAAUGGCACAAACACAGAAGUACGCUUGGUGAACCAGCACUUGAUGAAGGCUCUUGAGCAGUCUACCUUUAGAGUUCUGAACGUCACUCACAUGAGUGAAUUCAGAGCUGAUGCUCAUCCGUCAACAACCGGAGGAAAGAAGCACGAUGAUUGCAUGCAUUGGUGCUUACCAGGACCAACUGAUACAUGGAACGAUUUGCUAGCAGCAAAUCUUGCAGCAACUGAGAGAGAGCUAGCCUGAAAAACCUGUAGCCCUCGAUAGAAUUUCCACCCAAUAUUUGUUUUGAGAAAAGAUUUCUACUCCAAACAUUGAGCAUGUUCAUAUAGGCGAAUGUUUCCUUUUCUCCACUGUAACUUUGACCUUGUAGUUUUUUUUUACACAUUUAGGAAUUUUACUGACAGGUACACUUCUAAAGCCUAGAGUAGUUAAACAGGACUUAUUUGUCUGAACAUUCUGGUUUGCAGUUGCAAACCUGAUCAAACAGAGUGAAGGCUUUCUCCUGGACA